UAGAAAUGCAACGGGUUAUUUGACUGAUGUAACAAUACCGGUAGAGGCUUAAGAAAAUGUUGGAGCUAAAUAAAAGGACACACAAAGUGCUGACGUAUGCGCUGGUGGCCUUGGUGCUGCUGCAAGUGCUGUUCGAGCCCACCGACGCGGCGGCGAAGUGUCACAAAUGCACCGGAAUUAAUUGUCAACGCACGACUUACGCAGCCACGGAGGAUUGCACAGACGCGCUGGACAGUUGUGUCACCGUUUUUCAAGAAUCUAUGGUCCUAGCACAAGGCUGUCUUGGUCAAUUAGCCGUAGAGUUACGUAAUAAAUGUGAAAUGCCAAGCACUGAGCAGACCGAUGGAACCGAAAUGACAGAUGUUGAUGCCGCCGUGCCCGCAGUUAAUAGAGACUGUCAUCAGUGUAGUGAGGAUUUGUGUAAUAAUCUUAGCGCUGAGGGUACUGACUGCUUACAGUGUGAUUCCAAUGAGGAAGCCAAAUGUGCGAGUGAUACUGAGAGCCUACAACCACAAAGAUGUCCUAUUUCAAAGGCCGUAAAUACAUAUUGUUAUGCCAAAAUCGAGGUAAGCCGCGCAACACGUGGUUGUGCCACAGAUUUGGCGCAGCAAAAAGAAUGUCUGAGCAAUAGUGGCUGUAGUCUCUGCUCACCUAAUGAUAUUAAUGGCUGCAACCGUGAUCCUAAGGUAGCAACAAAUGAUACAACUUCGAGUACAGGUGACUCUGACAUGAGCUCAGGAACUUCAGGUACUAGUAAUGACAGUUCGAGCUCUAGUGGCUCAGGUACAAGUGGCGGUGACUCGAACUCUGGAAGCUCAGGUACUGGUGGUAGCGGUUCGAGCUCAGGUGUUGCCAGCGGUGGCUCAAAUAGUGGAACAAGUUCAGGUACGGGAGAUGGAAGUUCGAGUUCUGGAGGUGGCAAUAACGGCCCAGAUAGUGGAGCAGGUUCAGGCUCAGGUACAGGUGGUGGUGACUCGAGCUCUGGUAGUUCAGGUACUAGUAAUGGCGGUUCGAGCUCAGGUACAGGUGAAAGUGACUCCAACUCUGGAAGCCCAGGUACAGCUAGUGGCGGUUCCAGCGGUGGGUCAGAUAGUGAAGCAAGUUCCGGUACCGGAAGUGGAGGUACGAGUUCCGGAAGUGGCUCGGGUUCCGAUGCAGGCACAGGUGGCAGUGACUCGAGCUCUGGAAGUGGUUCAGGUUCUGACUCAGACACUGAAAAUAGUGGUGCCUCCGGUGUAUCAAAUAAGCUAUUUGUCGCAGUAAUUUGGAUGGUAUUACCAUAUUUUAUAUAAUUUAAACAAGAACAGUAUUUAAAUUAAAGUCGUAAUAAGAAAUAUGACCAUAAUAGUUAUAAAAACUGUUCUUUUAAAUUUA